CUAGUUUGUAUCUGUAUACGAACAUAUGCUAUCAGACCAGUUUCUGACCCCUCGCCUGGUCCCAUGUUUGAAUCGAAAGAGGCACAGGCGAGAUAGACACAAUUCUAUGGCAGGUUCACUCUACAAUGCUUUGAUUCAUACAGUUCAGGGGGAGAAGACUACCACUUCCACGAUGAUCAGAAUCGCUGAGCUUCAGGCCCUUCUGAACACAAUCAGCGUACUCCAAGUGCUCGCGGCAAUCUUCAUUGCAGCCCUCACCUAUCGACUGAUUGACGCCUAUUUCCUCUCACCCCUCUAUGACAUCCGCGCCGUGCUAGGCUCCCAGGAGUUUCGCAAGGCCGCCUUCUUUGACAUCUUCAACGACGGCAACACACCCAAUAUCGUCUCGCUCAGGGAGCCAGAGCUGGCCAACCGUCGCCGGCGGCAGCUAGGCCCCUUCUUCAACUAUGCUUAUCUGGGCCGCGCAGAGCCUCUGAUCCUCCAGCAUGGAUACAAGGCCAUCCGCACGAAAUGGGAUGCGUUAAUAGGAGCGAACGGCGGGCGCCCAACCGAGGUCAACUACCGCACUGACACCCAGCUCGUGACGUUCGACAUCAUGAGUGCGCUUGCGUUCGGGCGCAACUUCAACGCCAUCUCCCGCGGUAGCUCGUCAAUCAUGAAAUGGGCCGGGUUGAUCAUGGAGAUGCUGGAGUCGCCCGUCGUCCUGGCACUGCUGUCGCUGCUGCCGUUCUCGCUCAUCAUGCGGCCGUGGAAAAUCAUGUAUCGCGAGCUGGCGGCGUUCAGCAGCGACGCUGUGGACAUGCGCAAGCAGUUGCUGGCUGACGACUCCGCGGAGAAGCCCUCGGACAUGCUGCAGGCGUUUAUCGACGCGGAGGACCCCGAGUCCAAAGUCAAGAUGAGCCCGCAUGAGGUGCAGGCCGAGAGUAUCAUGAUGAUGCUGGCGGGGAGCGAGACCACCUCAUCCGCCAUCAUGUGGACGUUCCACCUGCUGCUGCUCUACCCGGAGACUCUCAGGCGCGCCGUCCACGAGGUCCGCAGCACCUUCCCCUUGAGCCACUUGGUGACAUACAAGGACGUGCGCAGCAGCUUGCCGUACGUCGAAGCCUGCGUGUACGAGGCUCUUCGGCACUCGCCCACCACGGCCGGACUGACUCCGCGCAUUUCCCAUUCUACGGGCAUCACCCUGCAGGGACAUUACAUUCCGCCCGGGACAGAAAUCUACGUCAAUCUGCGCUCGCCGAGCAUGCAUCCCAGUCUCUGGGACGACCCAGCGCGGUUCAACCCGGACCGAUUCCUCGAUGGCGAGACCAACAAGCGGUUGCUCUUCACCUUUUCCUAUGGUCCGCGGAACUGCCUUGGACGUAACCUCGCCUGGGUGGAAAUGCUCACCAUCGUCGCCAACAUCCUCAAGGACUACGACAUUGCGCUGACCGAUGAUAGCCGGUUUGGGCCGCAUUGCACAGAUGAGAAUGGGCUGCCGGUUCUCAUGCCCGCCAAGUGCUUCAUUGCGUCCUUCCCGGCCAAGCCGGAGAGGGACUGUCGGAUGGUGAUUACCAGGAGGAUCGCGUGAAAACAUGCGCUAGAGAGUAUUCUUCGUGCUACUCUUGUGUAAUGUAACGAGUUUAGAGAAGUGGAGCGAAUGGCUGGUCAAAUGGCCCUGAUUGACACGUUAGA